AAAUGAUGACUAUAUUGGAAAUGAUUCAAAAUACAGAUUUGACAGACAAUACACUGGCAGAUUGAUUGAUGCUGAAGUUUCAAGUACAAGCGAAAGCAGACUACCAGCAAAUAUUAAGGGAUCUAUUCAAGGUUCUUUUCAUCAGGGUAACUUAAUGUUUGGUGAGAAUGCAGGUACACAGUGUGUAGCAAACUCCUUAGUAGCCUUAGCAUACCAUAAGUUGAAGAAUUCUAAACACUGGGAAACAACAGAUAUGGACAAGGUGUUGGUAAUGGGGGAUGAGCUGUACACCUAUUUGCAGCGUAGUUCUUCUGUAAAUAGCAGAUACCUUUUGGUUAAUGAGUUACCACAGUUUUUUGAAUGCUUUAAUACAAUAUAUGAGUUUAAAGCAGAUGAAUCAUUAUGUAGCUUGAUCAAUUUAUCAGAUACUGAACCAAAUUAUGAUGACUUUCAUGCAUGUUUCCUUUUAGAUGCUUUGCAUAUUGCCCUUUCUGAAACUGAUGGAUGUUUUGUGUGUUUUUGGGGAAAUACUUUUUUGAUAGGGAAAACAAAUGAUCAAUUUUUCACAUUUGAUUCUCACUCAAGGUCUGCUCAAGGAUAAAUGAGUUUGAAUGGAUACAGUACAAGGAUACUUUAUAAAUCAAUUGAAGAUGUUUAUAACCAUGUUCUUUUAUUAGCACUGUCAAUGGGAUAUUCCGAAAUGAUUGACUGUGAAAUAACAGGUGUGAAUUGUUCUAUUAGCAAAAUUGAGGCAUAUGAGGCACAAAAUGAUAUGCAUUCUAGUACAAAACUUCAGUUAGUCCCUGAUUGUGGUGAUGUUGAUUUUGAAGUUGUUUCAACAGAAAGUCACAAAAUUAGUUUUAGGCCACUUUCUGGCAAUAGGAAGAUUGAGCUUUGUCAAACUUUAGGAAUAUCUUUUUCAAGUUAUGAAAAAGUGAGUGAACCAACCCUCUUUACCCAGGAAGCGGAAGCACCUGAUGAUUGUGUCAGAAUUCAGGGGGAUGGAAACUGUUUUUUUCGAGCAAUUUCAUUUUGUUUGACUGGAGUAGAGGACCAUCAUUAUGAUUUACGUUCGGCAAUAUGUGAACAUCUUCUUAACAACUCAAGUUUGUUUAAAACCUUCUUAAGAUGUGGUGAAAAUUCUGUUGAAAAUCAUAUUGCGAUGAGAAAUAUGACUCACGAGGGUGUAUGGGCAACAGAAAUAGAAAUUCUUGCUCUCUCUCAUCUUUUAAACACUGAUGUGCACACAUAUACACAGAAUCAUUGGGUUACAUAUUCUGCAUGUUUGGUAGAUCCCACAACAAAUUUGCAAUGCUCAGAAGCAAUAUACCUUUUUCAUGAGAAUGAGAAUCAUUACAAUGUUGUGUUAUCAGUUUUUGGAAAACAAACAGCUUGUUGCAAAAAGACAGAAUCAAUUAUAAUAGGCAAGAAAGAAUUCAAGAAAAGAAUUGGAAAUCGGAAUCGUAUGAGAGAAAUGCGUAAUGUCAUGUCAUCACAAAAUAUUGAGAAUGAAAGUAGUAAGAGAAAUGUGAAAAGGACUAAAAUUAUGAUUCAACAGAGUAGAAUGAAAGUUAAAGGUUUUUGUGGCAUUGAAAAGAAAUUGAGAGCAGCGAAACUAAAGUACUGGACAGAUCGAGCAUUUAGAUUAAAAGCAAUAUCACAGAGCAAAGAAAGAUACAGAAGUAAUGAAACAUACAAUGCAAAAUCAAAAAAAAGAAGUGUGGAAAAGUAUGCAUUAGAUCCAAGACACAAGUUGAGUCUCAAGGAAGCCAGCAUAAGGAAAUAUGCAACAAAUGAAGCCCAUAAAGAACAUGUAAUAAGAAGAAAUAUUGAGAAAUACAAAUCAAAUAUUUUACACAGAGAAGCUCUGAAACGAAAAAGUGCGGAAAAGUACAAGAAAGAUGAAGUACACAGGGCAGAUGUUAAAAAAAGAAGUACAGAAAAGUACAAGAAAGAUGAAGAACAUAGAGCAGAUGUUAUAAAAAGAAGUACAGAAAAGUACAAGGAAGAUGAAGUACACAGAGCAGAUGUUAAAAAAAGAAGUACAGAAAAGUACAAGGAAGAUGAAGUACACAGAGCAGAUGUUAAAAAAAGAAGUACAGAAAAGUACAAGAAAGAUGAAGAACAUAGAGCAGAUGUUAUAAAAAGAAGUACAGAAAAGUACAAGGAAGAUGAAGUACACAGAGCAGAUGUUAAAAAAAGAAGUACAGAAAAGUACAAGGAAGAUGAAGUACACAGAGCAGAUGUUAAAAAAAGAAGUACAGAAAAGUACAAGGAAGAUGAAGUACACAGAGCAGAUGUUAUAAAAAGAAGUACAGAAAAGUAUUGGAAAAAUGAAGAACAUAGAGGAGAUGUUAAAAGAAGAAGUACAGAAAAGUACAAGGAAGAUGAAGUACACAGAGCAGAUGUUAAGAAGAGAAGUACUGAAAAGUACAAAAAAGAUGAAAAACAUAGGAAUAUGCUGAAGGCAGCUAAUAAGGUAAAGUACCACUUUAAUGCUGAUGCAAAGAAAUGCAAGAAGGAGAAUGUGCUAAAACAGAGACAAGCAAGGAAAGUGAAGCUAGAAGAUGAAGAUGAAGUUGUCAAAAUAUUUAAGGAAAGUAUAAGGAAUGGUCCAGAAUACACUUCUUGUUGUUGUCAUCGUUUAUUGUUCGAAAAUCAAGUUCAAAGAUGUGCAUUUGAAAUGUAUGAGAAAAGACAGAAAGCAAUGGAAAUAGCAAAGAUAUGCAUAAAUAACAGAUAUGUUCAUGAGUGCACAAUGUCUUGUUCAAUUAACUGCAAAAAAUCAUCAUUAUGGAUCUGUUUUACAUGCCAUAGGAAAAUACUGAGUGGUAAAAUUCCUGGAGAAGCAGCUGCAAAUAAAAUGGCACUUGAAGAAAUUCCACAUCAACUAAGUAAUUUAAACAGUUUAGAGCAACAUCUCAUUGCUUUACAUAUCCCCUUUAUGAAAGUGAUGUCUCUCCCACAAGGUGGUUUGUGA